AAGAGAGGAUGCAGGCAGAUAUAGCUGUGCUCUACAUGGACACACUUACAUCUCUCCUGCUGUUCAUCUCAAUGUCACGUAAUCUACAGGAAAGAAGAAAGAACAAGAAAGAAUCUACAGCAUCUCAAAGAUCAGCUCUGAUCACAGUGGAGAAUACAAGUGCAAGUCCAGAAAUAAACAUGGAAAACAAGACUCUGAUGUUACUUUAAACAUCAUGUACUCUCCCAGGAAUGUCUCAGUGUCCAUUAAUGGAUCUGGUGAAAUAGUGGAGGGAGAUUCAGUGACUCUGAGCUGCAGCAGUGAUUCAAACCCACCUGCUCUGAACUUCAGCUGGUUUAAGGAGAAUCAAACCUCAGCUAUUGGAUCUGGACAGAGUUUCAGUGCACUACAGAGUGGACGCUUCUACUGUGAGGCUCACAAUCAACAUGGAUCUCAGAGAUCAGACGCUGUUACUGUCACAGUUCAUCGUGGUGUUGGUAAGAAUGUGAUUGUGAUCACAGCAGCAUCUGGAUGAGGAUUCAUCAUCAUCGUCAUCAUCAUCAUAUGGUUUAAACACUUG